AUGGCGUCGGACUCCGUCAAGCAUACGACUUUGCACGGUGUCUCUUCGGUUACCGUCGAAUUCAAAAGCUUCUUCUCCGCCGUGAAACCGAGAAAAACCUCAACUUUUGUUUACGCAUUCGUCAUUACUUUCGUUGCCUUCACUGUCUUCUUAGCCUUUAGCCCUUCUCCAAUCACUGUCUCUCCUUCCAUAUCAUCAUAUAUUACUGUCUCCGAUUUACCUAACCCUACCGUCACUUCACCGUCUAAUUUCACCACAUUGCGAGCACCGGCGCCGGAAAAUCUCACUCCGGUUGCUAAAAACGCAACCUUUGAGUCUCCCCUCGCAAACGGGUCAGCAACUCGAACUGCUAAAAACGACACCUUUCAGUCCCGGACAGAUCAUGCAAGGGAAAACGUGUCGUGUUCUGAUGAUACUGCUCGAAAUUUGGACAAACAUGGAGCCGUGGAACCACCUCUUUCGAAGGCUAUAGCCGUCAAUUCAACUGCUUCUUCGAUGCGAAAACAGAGUAAGAGGUCGUCGUUGAGACGAGAGAUUGAGUCUCUGAAGAAUUGCGAGUUUUUCGAUGGAGAGUGGGUCAGAGACGAUUCGUAUCCGCUUUACAAACCCGGUUCGUGUAAUCUGAUCGAUGAACAGUUUAAUUGUAUUUCCAAUGGACGACCCGACUUUGAUUUCCAGAAAUUGAAGUGGAAACCGAAGAAAUGCAGUUUACCAAGGUUAAGUGGAAGUAUAUUGCUGGAGAUGAUUAGAGGAAGAAGGCUUGUGUUUGUUGGAGAUUCACUAAAUAGGAACAUGUGGGAAUCUUUGGUUUGCAUUCUUAAAGGAGCAGUUAAAGAUGAGAGUCAAGUCUUUGAAGCUCAUGGAAGGCAUCAGUUUCGUUGGGAGGCUGAGUACUCUUUUGUCUUCAAAGACUAUGAUUGCACUGUGGAGUUCUAUGCUUCGUCUUUCUUGGUUCGAGAAUGGGAAGUUGCGGAUAAGAACGGGACCAAGAAGGAGACUUUGCGGUUAGAUUUGGUAGGGAAGUCAUCGGAGCAGUACAGAGGAGCGGAUAUUCUUGUAUUCAAUACCGGACAUUGGUGGACUCAUGAGAAAACUUCCAAAGGGGAGGAUUAUUAUCAAGAAGGGAGCAAUGUUUACCCGAAACUCGAUGUGGAUGAAGCGUUUAGGAAAGCAUUGACGACUUGGGGUCGAUGGGUCGAUAAGAAUGUGAAUCCGAAAAAGUCUCUUGUUUUCUUCCGUGGAUAUUCCCCGUCACAUUUCAGUGGCGGGCAAUGGAAUGCGGGAGGGGCGUGCGAUGAUGAAACAGAACCAAUCAAGAACGUGACUUACUUAACACCUUACCCGUCGAAAAUGGAAAUACUUGAAAGAGUUCUAGGAGGAAUGAUAACACCGGUUACAUAUCUUAACAUCACGAGGUUAACAGAUUACAGGAAGGAUGCUCACCCGUCGAUAUACAGGAAAAAGAAACUAUCCGCAGAAGAAAGUAAAUCACCAUUGUUGUACCAAGACUGCAGUCACUGGUGCCUCCCCGGGGUGCCCGAUUCUUGGAACGAAAUUCUCUAUGCUGAGUUGCUUGUAAAACUGGACCAGCUUGGUGGCAAAAGACGGCGGAAACCAGUGAAACGUUAUAGGAGUUGA